UAUUAAGUGAAAUAGUCUGAAGAGCAGUAAUACAGUUGUUUCCAUCGUCUGAAGAAUGAGGAGAAACAGAGUUUUGAGUUGUUUGUUGGUGGGUUUUGUAUUGAUGUGUGCUGUUGGAGCGCAGCUUACGACCACCUUUUAUGAUACAUCGUGUCCUGCCUUGCAGUCCAUCGUUCGCCGACUUGUAUUGCAAGCUAUCGUUACUGAAACCAGAAUGGCCGCCUCUCUUCUUCGAAUGCACUUCCAUGACUGCUUCGUCAAUGGUUGUGACGCUUCACUUUUAUUGGACGACACUGCUACAGUAACAGGAGAGAAGACGGCAGCUCCAAAUAACAACUCAGUGCGAGGAUUCGAUGUAAUAGAUACUAUCAAAACAGCUGUGGAGAACAAUUGCAGCAAAACUGUUUCCUGUGCAGACAUUGUCGCUAUUGCUGCUCGUGAUUCAGUGCUUUUUAGUGGAGGUCCCAGUUGGUCAGUUCUUUUAGGAAGAAGAGACGCAACAACUGUAAAUGGAACAGCACCCAACUUUGUUAUCCCCUCCCCAGUCGACAACCUUACUGAAAUCAUUAGAAAAUUUGCGGAUGUCGGACUCAGUAUCACAGAUGUUGUAUCUUUAUCAGGAGGCCACACAAUUGGACGUGCCCGAUGUGCAACUUUCAAUAACCGGCUGUUCGACUUCAAUAGCAGUGGAAGCCCUGAUCCAACCCUAGAAUCGACAAUGCUUGCCACACUUCAGGUUACUUGCCCUCCAUCUGGAGAUAACAGUACGUUAGUGUCUCUUGAUCGUCGAUCCAGGGAUUGGUUUGAUAACGCCUACUUCAAGAAUCUUCAGAGCAAUAAUGGGCUUUUGCUGUCAGAUCAAGAACUUUAUUCCAGUUCUAAUGCUCAAACCAAGGCUCUGGUGGACACCUACAGUGCAAGCCCAAGUACCUUCUCUACUGAUUUUGUAAAUUCCAUGAUCAAAAUGGGAAACAUAAGCCCACUUACUGGUACUGCUGGUGAGAUUCGCACCAAUUGUAGGGUUGUGAAUUCUUAGAAACCCAGAAGUAAGUAAAGCAAGGCUUAUCAUGAAAUGCUUUGUUAAAAAGGAGAAAAUGUCUCUUGUCAAUCUAGGAGGAGUAGAAUCAAGUAGAUCCACAAGAUUUUAGAUUUUUACAGUUGAAAUCAUAAGACUUUGGGUGUUAUUGUA